UCGAAUAGAAACACGAGAGUGUGUGCGCAUAUAAACAUGGCCGACGUUCCAAUCCGUGAGUUUCAAAGCCGAACAAUUCUAGCCAUUUCGUGUGGCUCCUAAACGCUCUGCUGCCAAGUGAACGCUUUAAACGUAAAGUUCUGAGAAUCUUUUAGUUGUUUAUUUGUAAUAUAGCAUCGUGUCGGCCUUUUAAGGUGUAUUUUUAAACCGUAUUUUUUGAGUAUGAGCGAACACACGGGUGAACGGCUUCGUAUGCGACCAUGGCUUGAGAAGCAAAUCAACGGCGGUCGUAUCCCCGGAUUGGUAUGGGAAGACAAGGCUAGAGGGAUUUAUAAAGUCCCCUGGAAACAUGCUGGAAAGCCGGGUUUUGUUCUGGAGCGGGAUGCACUGUUGUUUAAAGAGUGGGCCAGACAUACUGGCAAGUACAAAGAUGGUGAACAAGCCGAUCCCUCGACUUGGAAAACAAGGUUUCGCUGCGCCCUACAUAAGCUACCCGACGUGGAGGAAUUGAAGGAUCGGAGUUACUUGGAGGGCGAGCAACCCUUCAGGGUCUUUCAAUUCCUACCCAAAGGCACUAAGACUGAACGACCUGACAGUGCUCCUUCACCUGCAUUUACAGAUGUUUCCGUCUCACCACCUGUUGAUAAUAAUGCAGAAGAACCAAAAUUUUUUGAUACGGGUUCCUUUCAAAUCCCACAUGGCGAAAGGGAUGUGGACGAACUACAGAAAAUACUUAUUGAUACUUACGACGAGUGGGAUAACCCUGAAAUGAAUUUCUCGUCUUCACUGGAUGCUAAUAGUUUCAUGUGUGAAUAUUCAAACGUGCCGACUUUCCCAGAACCAUUUCAACCGGAUCCAAUGGCAGUGGGACCUGAAAUUAAUGAUAUCAUCGGAAUGAACCCAGAAGAGAUGAAUGUUGGCCUUAAAAUUUUCUACCGUGAAAAUCAAGUUUUGGAUAUGACAGUCGGUAACCACUUCGGGUGUCGUUUAUAUUCGGGGGUGGACGUCACGCGUGUCCCGGGCUAUAACGAUUCCCUCGCCCCAGUCUACGGGCCGCCUGAGGUGCAGCAAAUAUGUUUCCCGGACAAAGGAAGUCCUGCGGGCAUAAUGGAGAAACUCAACCGAGGCUUACUUCUUCAAUGGCAGCAGAACAGUAUCCAGGCAACGCGAUUUUGUCAAGCACACGUGUUUGCGAGCGGUGGGUGCUUGGGCUCCAAAGUCGUACCACUUGCUCGGGGGCAAACGACCGUAGUGUUCGAUUUUAAUCAUUUCCUGUCGUGUUUGGCUGAGUAUAAACUGUCGAGAGCACCUCUGCCAUUGUACGAGGUGUUUUUUUCGUUCGGACAACAGCCAGCGACCGCUACGACGGUCGAUCCAGGCGUCCUGAUUACCGUCUCGGUGACUCAUAACAAUGCAAAGGAAAGUAUCAGCAAGAUGGGGAGUGCAUCUGAUGUUAUCAUGUCCAUUGAGGACGAAUGCGAUAAAUUGGCUGCGCAGCUGCAAAACUACGUGAAGAUUCAACAGCAACAUUAAAUAAAUACACGACGUUUAGACUAUCAUGAUGGUAGAAACUAGAAAUACAUUUUAUGGCGUACUUUUCACCGCAAACGAUGAAACGUAAAAAUUUUCAAAGGCUUAAGAAUGCAAAAUUGUAAAUAUUCCUCGCUGUAUUUUGAAUACGACAUAUGUAGGCGAAAGAAAAUCAUGGGGAAUAUACAGUAGAAGACAUGACGCAGGUUGAUCGCCUUGAAUUAUGGCCUGGCAUUUAUAUAUUAACCGUCUCUCGAUUGCAAAAGUUGAAUGACCCUACUGUAUAUACCCUGUGCUGUGGUAGACAGUAAAAUUUCAAGUCAUUUCGCAGCUUGUAGAGUAAGAGUAUAUGCAGAAGUACAGUAAAGUGUACAAAUUUUAAAACUAAAGGCGCUGUUACGCUAUGCAAUUUUCCUUCGAAAUGCUAAGAAAACGUUAGCAGAUCGU